UAGCAAGAAAGGCAAUAACUGCUCCCACGAACAUGGCGGCCAAAGUGAUUGUGAAUGAACUUUUCCCCGAUUCAACAAUAACUUUAGCUUUAUUUAGAAAUGUCGAAAAUGUGAAAGAGAUUAGACAGUGUGUAAUGAAUGGAACAUUUGAAGCAGCAAUAUUAAAAACAUCUAUGAUAGUUGACCCAUUUCAGGUUAUAGUAGCUGCUAAUAAGGCUGUGCAUCAAAAUAAAGUUGGUAAAAUGAUGACUAAAAAUGUACACUCUGAGAUCUUAUUUAAUUUAUCACCAUCAAAAAAUAUUUCAGAUUCCUUUCGUAAAUUUGGUGCAGGUGACACAGAUCAGAGUGUGUUUAUAGCUGUUGUAGAUGAUAAAACAGGUCAAACAUUGAAGGCUAUACAAAACACGGUCAAAGGUCAACAGGUUGAUGUAGAUGAAGUUAAGCAACUGUCAGAUUUAAACAAUAUAAAAAAGAUUUAUAAAUUAACUGAUGCAGAAUUUUCCUGGUCACCUCUAGAUGCCUUAGUUACCAGAAUAGCAGCUAAAGACAUUAUGACAAUAUGAAAUCUUGUACAUGUGACUUAUUCACAUCGAUAUAUAUAUGUGUAUUUAAAAAUAAAUGUUACAAAGUAUUAAAAAUAAAAGAAGAAUAAUGCA